AUGGCUACCCAGCUACUGGUGAAUGGGAACCAAAGAGCACAGCUUGAGGCUCUUAUAAGGGACUUUCAAAACAAAUUGGGCAACAAUUGGGAAAAAUACCAUGAAUCUGUGACGCUUUUUCUUGUUGGAAAGCUCUCUCGAAGCGAAUUGGUGCAGACAAUUGCACCUAUGCUCAAGAAUGGGCUCAUCAAAUGGCACAAUAAGUUCUUGCUUCUCAAUUUCGCCAACUCUCUCCAAGAUAGCCCUGUUGAAUUUUCUUCGGAACUAGCUUCGUUCUGGAACAAGAAAAAUCAGAAAGCCAAAAAUGUCAGACUGUCACAAUAUGAGAAGUUCAAGCGAAACAUUAUGGGCUUACCAUUGAAAGAGAGAAGACGAAUCCGCAGCAUCACAAGAGACAGCGGAAAGCGUAACAAACUUAAUGCUUCCAUAACGUUAACAAGGCAGGCUUUGCUACCCAAGAUCCCAAUGAUUCAAGACAAGGAACAACAACAAUUACAAGUGAACAGUUUAGUGCAAUGGCAGCAGGAUGUGGUUAAUGGAAUCAACGCGCCUUUAGCUACAACAACCUAUGAAUUACCUGACUCUGAAAGUCUAUCUAGACGGGUCUUGAUGACCAUGAGAGAGCAUGGCUUGACUGAUGGAGUAAACACUCAGGUGUUAGACAUGAUUAGUCUCGGGUUAGAAGCACAUCUCAAGACAAUUUUAGAGAAUGCUAUCGACGUCGCCAGAUACAGAGAGCAUAAGUACAACUCCAACGACUUCUUACUGCCAGAUGCAGACCCCCUCGACAUGAGGAAGAGUAACGGUCAUGUGAGAGGAGAGUCUCUCUCAGGAAUCAACCGUCCAAAGAGUCUUGAAGAUUCAAAACUGACGAAAAAGCAGACGGUUGUAUUAAAUGUAGAGGACAUGUACAAUACAUUUGAGAUGUUUCCACAUUUGGUUGAGCCAAAUGGGGCAAAGUUGCGUCUUGCAAAUGUCAUGUUACAGAAUGAUGAUGAGGCUGCAGAUGACAGACCAGACUGCUUUUUGACUGAACGACCUACGGAGCUUGGCCAUGUAACUUCCAUGAUCCCGAACGGGGCUGUCAAACCAGAGACUGUGAAUACAGAUCAAGCGCACUCAGCCACUCCAGAAGCCAUAAGAUUGAAUCAGCCGCUGACUCCCCAGGGUACGAAGCCAACGCGAACUCAGGAUUCUCAGGUGGGUUCUGCAGAAGAGCUCAAGUGGCUUUUGCAUGAUCUUGUCUCUGCGAUGUGA